ACUAGGUCAAAGCAGGCACAUACAAGGAGCAUGGAUUUAAUAAAAAAAAUUCUUGUGAUGAUAGUUUGGUUGAAGUUUACAUAUAGCAGCCGUAUCCUUCUUGCACCAUCUGAUGUAGGCUAUACAAGUCGAACAAGAAAUAUUUUACGAACUGGGCGCAUGUUCUUACAGGCCGGCUAUAAAGUGACAGUAAUGUUUUCAGACAGAAUGGAAAAACAACCUCUGUUUAUAGAAGCAGAAGGUUUGGACUUUGAUGGAGAGUUCAUGGUUUUGCGCUAUAAGAUGCCAGUGUUUGAUCUUACUUCAGUUGAAUCAACAGCAAAUCAAAAGUGGAUUGAUUCUAUGAUCUAUCAACCAUAUGCUACACUUUUACAGAUUGUAAGUCCAGUAUGGGAAGAGAAUUUGCGACAUGCAUUGGCAGAUAAAGACAUUUGGACCAAGAUAGCAUCAUCAAAAUUUGAUUUAAUCUUUGCAGAUGAAGUAGUAUUUUUCUCUAGAGUCGUUUCUUCAUAUUUUGACAUACCACUUAUUUUGUACAAUAACUGGGGCCCCAUGUCAUGUGAUGCCAACUUCAUAACAAGAUCUAGUUUGGCAUAUGUUCAUUCUUUUGUUCCCCCAACAUACAGCGAUGAAAUGACAUUUACAGAACGGUUCAUGAAUGUUUUGGAAUAUUGGCAUAUCAAAUGGAUAUGGCAUGGCAUCUAUAUCAAGUUUAACUCUAUCUGCCAAGAACAUGGAUAUGGUGAUGCAUGUGAUAACAUACAAGAUGCAUACAAAACUAUAUCCUUAUACUUAAUGACAAGAACGGAUGCAGUCCAUUAUCCCGCCCCAUAUAUGCCACAUGUCAUAUCGACUGAAGGAUUUUUCUUGGAUUCCAAAAUCAAACCUUUGGAUUCAGCAUAUACUGACAUUAUACAAAAAGCGGGAAAGAAUGGCAUAAUUGUUGUAAGUUUUGGAUCCAUGCUUCGUAGUUUAGAUGACAAAAUGAGUGAAGAUUUUGCAAAGGCCUUUGCAGCAAUGCCUCAGACAGUUAUAUGGAGCUAUGAGGGUCCAACGCCUAAAGGACUUGGAAACAAUACCAUCGUGAAUAAAUGGAUACCUCAAGAGAGUCUGAUGGUGCACCCUUCUACAAAAUUAUUUGUGACCCAUUGCGGAGUUUCUGCCACAUUCCAAGCGCUUCACUAUGCAUUGCCAACUGUCGGAGUGCCAUUCUUUUGGGACCAGCCAUUUUAUUGCCACAAGCUGACUCACAGAUUGAAGUCUGGGAAAACAGUUUUGUUGACAGAAAUGACAAGCGAAGGCCUGAAGAACGCUAUGGAAGAGGUUAUAAGUAACAGAGUCUAUAAAGACAAUGCAAAUAAAGCUGCUGAUAUCUACCAUAGUCAACCGAUUGAUCCAAAGAAAAAGCUGAUGUACUGGGUUGAGUAUGUGAUUAGACAUAAAGGGGCAAAGCAUUUGAGAUCUAAGGGCGAAAAUGAACUUAAUAUUUUCCAGUACUUUCUGCUUGAUAUCAUUGCAUUGGUAAUCUGCACUUUGGUGGUGUUUGGCUUGUUAACAGUGUUUGUUAUCAAAUAUAUUGUACGAUGUGCCUUUCACUUUAGAGACAAAAGAAAAAGGGACUAGAAUAUUGUCAUUUGUUAUGCCUAUCUAACAAGUAUGUGCGAAAUUAGUUCAAAUGCGCCAUUCUCUGUUUUAAUA